AUGCCACGCUUAAAAUAUGCGUCGGUUGCCAGAGUUGUUGUUAUACUCGGGCUCUUUUGUCUAUGGCUACAGAUUAUGCUUUCCGCGUCUACUGGCGGCAUGUACAGAGAUGGAGGUGAAGACAAUAUGAUACAGGUGCAAGGGAUGUUGGUCAAAACAAACCCAAUUCGUACUGAAGAUAACAUUACCGUUACGAAUAAUAUUUUGGAUUCUAUACCGCUGCCCUUACCACUCAAAGAGGAGCUGAUGAAUGCUAAUGACACAUCUGAGCAAGUUUUAGCAUUGGUACCGCCUGAGCUUCACAAAUAUUUGACAGUACAUCCAAGAAAUAAUUCAGGGAACUCGACAGACCGCAUAGCUGUAAAGAACAUAACUGAAAUAAAGCAAGCAAUCAAGAGAUUCAAUGAAGCACAGACUGUAUACAAUGAGGAUAUAUUCGGACCUGUUCAGAAUGAUACUGUUAUCAUUGCUAUACAGGUACACACCAGACUGACGUACCUUCGCCACCUGAUCGUGUCGCUAGCGCAAGCGAAGGAGAUAGACAGGACACUUCUAAUAUUCUCCCACGAUUACUAUGACGAAGAAAUUAAUACAUUAGUCAGGAGCAUCGAUUUUACUAAGGUGAUGCAAAUAUUCUACCCAUAUUCCAUCCAGACACAUCCACAUGAGUUUCCGGGAAUGGAUCCCAACGACUGUCCCAGGGACACUAAAUUUGAACAAGCAGUGAAACUGGAAUGCAACAAUGCUUUGUACCCAGACCUGCACGGGCACUACAGGGAGGCGAAGUAUACUCAGACGAAACACCACUGGUGGUGGAAAGCCAACAGGAUAUUUAACCAGUUGCAGUGUACUGCUGGACAUACAGGUUACGUUCUCUUCUUAGAAGAGGACCACUAUGUAGCAGAAGACUUCUUGCACAUACUAAGUCUUCUGAAGUCAACAGCUGAUAAGAGUUGCCCCCAAUGUGAGAUGCUGUCUUUGGGGACCUACCUAAAGACCUACCAAUAUCACGUGAACGGUGAUAAGAGGAAGAAGAAUUUGAAUCUGAACUACAUACAGCAAGUGAAGCUGGCUAAUGAACAAAGAAGAAAGAAACAUGAAAACAACCCGACCUGGAACUUCCAGGUGUACCCGCAUCUGUACACAGCUACACAAAAGGUAGAAAUAACACCAUGGCAUUCGAGUAUGCAUAAUAUGGGGUUUGCAUUCAAUAGGACAGUCUGGAAUCAUAUAAUGAAGCAACAGAGUCAGUUUUGUGCCUAUGACGAUUAUAAUUGGGAUUAUUCUUUGUUACAUUUAUCACAAAAUAUGCCAGGGAGGGAAAAAUUCAAAGUUAUAGUGUGUAAAGGGCCACGAGUAUUUCACAUUGGGGAAUGCGGUAUUCACCACAAGAAAUCUAACUGUAACGCCUCAACAGUUAUUAGUAAAGUACAGAAAUUACUACAGAAUGCAAAACCUUACCUUUACCCGACGCGAGUGAGUGCGCAGGUGACGGCGGGCGGUGCUAAACAUAACAAGAAACUAGUGAAGGGAAAUGGCGGCUGGGGUGAUAUUAGAGAUCAAGAACUGUGCACUAAUAUGACAAAAGUGGGUAGGCAGCACAGGCACACGAUAUUUUACGCGUAA